CUGGCAACCGGCGCGCGCCGGGCGCCGGGGCCGGGGAGAUGCUGCCACGCCGGCCGCGCGAUCCGCUGCAGGCGGUGCGGCGCCGCAGUCAGGAGCUGAAGCAGCAGGUUGAUAGUCUGCUUUCUGAGAGCCGAUUGAAAGAAGCUCUAGAACCUAAUAAAAGUCGAAAUAUUUACCAAAGAUGUAUCCAGUUAAAACAGGCAAUAGAUGAGAAUACAAAUGUUCUUCAAAAGUUAAGAAAAGCUGAUGAGUCUGCACCUGUCGGGAACUAUAAUCAGAGAAAGGAGGAGGAGCAAAAUUUUCUGGACAAGCUCACUCAACAGCUGCAGGCGCUUGCUGUGACCACAAGCAGAGAACAUAGAACUGAAACUGAUGUGCUUACUGACAAAGAGGAAGAUGAGGAUUCUUCUGAGGAAGAUGAAGAAGAUGAAGAUGAUGAUGAAAUGGAAGAAAGUGGUGGAGAGGAAGAAGAAUCAGAAGAGGAAGAGGAAGAGGAACAAGAAAAUGAAUCUCCUAAACAGACAAGUAGAAAAUACAUUGCUCUUGGAGAUUUUACUGCUCAGCAAGUUGGGGACCUUACAUUUAAGAAAGGGGAAAUUCUUCUUGUAAUUGAGAAGAAGCCUGAUGGUUGGUGGAUAGCUAAGGACAGCAAAGGAAACGAAGGUCUGAUUCCCAGGACCUACCUGGAGCCCUGUGAUAAAGAAGAGGAGCAGGCGACAAGUGAAGAGGGCAGUGAGGAGGACGCCGGGGAGACGGCGAGUGAAGCCGAAGCUAAGCAGAGAACUGAUACCCACUGCAGUGCUGUUCAAAAAGCUAUCUCAGAGAUGAACACGGUGGAUGUGUUAACCAGCAUGGGGGCUAUCCCCGCAGGCUUCAGGCCUUCCACACUCUCCCAGCUGCUGGAGGAAGGGAAUCAGUUUCGAGCAAGUUACUUUCUGCAACCUGAGCUCACGACGUCUCAGCUGGCCUUCAGAGAUCUGAUGUGGGACGCGAAGACAGGCACCAUUAAGUCAAGGCCAAGUCGUGUUUCCUUAAUCCUCACCCUGUGGAGCUGUAAGAUGAUUCCUCUCCCAGGAACGAGCAUCCAGGUGCUCAGCAGACAUGUUCGCCUCUGUCUGUUUGAUGGCAGUAAGGUCCUGAGCAACAUUCACACUGUGAGGGCCACGUGGCAACCCAAAAAGCCCAAAACCUGGACCUUUUCUCCCCAGGUCACUGGCAUCUUGCCAUGCUUGCUCCAUGGCGACUGUUUUAUCAGGUCCAAUUCUUCAUCUCCAGACCUGGGAAUAUUAUUUGAACUUGGAAUUUCUUACAUUCGCAAUUCAACAGGUGAGAGAGGAGAGUUAAGUUGCGGCUGGGUGUUUCUCAGGCUCUUCGAUGCCAGUGGCGUUCCGAUACCAGCAAAAACUUACGAGCUCUUCUUGAAUGGUGGCACUCCUUAUGAAAAAGGUGUUGAAGUGGACCCUUCAGUGUCCAGAAGAGCGCAAGGCAGUGUUUUCCAGCAGAUGAUGACCAUGCGGAGGCAGCCUCAACUCCUGGUGAAACUGAGGUCUCUCACCCAAAGGUCGCGGAGCAUGCUCAGCCUGCUGCCAGAAACACUGAUUGGAGGGAUGUGCUACGUCCACCUGCUGAUAUUUUAUCGACAAAUUCUUGGAGAUGUGCUCCUCAGGGACAGGAUGAGCCUGCAAAGUGCUGAUCUGAUUAGUCACCCCAUGCUGGCCACCUUCCCCCAGCUCCUGGAGCAGCCCGACGUGAUGGACGCCCUCAGGAGUUCGUGGGCUGAGAGAGAAAGCAUGUUGAAAAGAUCGGAGAAGGCAUUUGGGUGCUGGGUCUGGAUCCUGGUAGCGGCCACCCACGUAGCCAACCCGCUGCUUCAAGGAUGGGUGAUGUACGUCUCCCUGACCUCCUUUCUCAUCACCCUGAUGUUCCUGCUGUCUUACUUGUUUGGAUUUUACAAAAAAUUUGAGUCCUGGAGAGUGCUGGACAGCCUGUACCACGGGACCACGGGCAUCCUGUACAUGAGCGCUGCUGUCCUGCAGGCGCACGCCACCAUCGUUUCUGAGUCCUCGGACCUGAAAAACUACUUCAUCAACACUACCGCCUCGUUCUUUGCCUUCAUCACCACGCUGCUGUACAUCCUCCACGCCUUCAGCAUCUAUUACCACUAGGGCGCCGGCCCCCAGCGCAGGAUUCAGCUUCGCCAUCUGGACGAGACACAAGUUCCCCGGAAGCCAAUGUGGAAUCAUCACACCGUGUCCCCUUCGGGGCGAGGAGGCCCAUUUUGGCAUGUGUCUGGACGCCAUCCCUCUCUGAGGAACAUGAGAAAGCUGUUUCCUUUUUCCUGGGAAAGUAACUGUCUUUGGAAUGAUCUGACCUUGAACCCAGCCCUUCUGGACAAUGAACACGGACACCCUCACCCUUGAGAGGCCCCCUGGGGGGGGCGGGGCCUGCAGCACCCCCAGAUACGCAACCUGGAAGGCCCUCGCAUUCCUGGGCCGUGUUCCAAGGAAAGCUGGCCCUGUGCACACGGAAAGGUCAAACCAAGGUGCUUUAAAGCAGAUGGCUUCAGAGCAAAUGCUUUUCUAAAGGGAGCUGUGCUCCAGUGGUGUUUCUCCCCCGGAGGGGCUGCCCUCCUCCCCGAUCCAGGCAGGAUGUCCGCACAGCCCAGUAACUGCCCACUGUCGCUUUGAAACGAAUAAAUUAUUCUGUGAACGGAUCUUGUCCUGACGGGUCUGGGGCUUGACGUCGUGUGUCAGUCUUUCCACCUGGGUAGGCGUGGUCUUCAGGAGCUACAGAGGUGAAAACCCCAUCUCUGUCUCCUGGUCACUUUGUCAUUGCCCUGGUGUCUGGAAAAGCCACCACAGAUCUCUCACUUUGUUGGCAGGCAGCUAUCUGGGAUGGUCACUGCUCACUAUGUGCCUAGUGGCCAUGUGCAAAUAAAGACCUUUUGUUCAGUUAA